GUCAAUCUGACACGCAUGCCAGCAGUCUACAGUGCGCUCGCGCUGCCGUUCACUAUUGACUGACACACACCGACUCGCAGUACCUGUCCCUUCAGUCCAACAUCAAGGCAAAGAUUUGGCAUGAGUGAGGAAUCUAGAGUGUAGGCAUAGCUAUUCAGCAAGGCAGACCGGAGAAAAGGAGCAAGAGACAUAUAUCCAGUCCAGCGUACACACUCCCACAGGGAAGACUAUGGGAGAAUCUGAAGAUGAGAAGAACAUGGCAGGACGGCUGUUUGAGAACUUUGUCCAGGCCUCAGACUGUAAGCGCACCCUACAGGCCUUCAACAUCAUGUGCAGUUACCUGGAGCUGGACCCUCUGGAACACAGCACCUUCUACAGCAGUCUGAAGAGCAUGGUGACUUGCUGGAAGGCCAAAGCACUUUGGAGCAAGCUGGACAAGAGAGCCAGCCACAAAGAGUACAAGAAAGGCAAAGCCUGUGAGGGCACUAAGUGCUUGAUAAUUGGAGGAGGCCCCUGUGGCUUGCGGACUGCGAUCGAGUUGGCUCUCCUCGGAGUCAAGGUGGUGGUGAUAGAGAAGAGAGAUACGUUCUCCAGGAACAACGUCCUGCAUCUGUGGCCCUUCACGAUUCAUGACCUUAGGGGGUUGGGGGCCAAGAAGUUCUAUGGCAAGUUCUGCGCUGGAGCGAUAGACCAUAUCAGCAUUCGGCAGCUCCAGCUCAUGCUCCUGAAAAUCGCUCUAGUUCUUGGUGUGGAGUUUCAUGUCAAUGUGGAGUUCGUCAAGCUGGUGGAACCUUCAGAGGACCGAGAGAAUGAGGGGUCAGGCUGGAGGGCAGAGAUCAGGCCUGCUGAUCACCCUGUGGCUGACUUUGACUUUGAUGUGGUGGUGGGAGCUGAUGGGAGACGUAACUCUUUAGAAGGGUUCAGGAGGAAGGAAUUCCGUGGCAAACUGGCCAUUGCCAUAACGGCAAACUUCAUCAACAGGAACACCACAGCUGAGGUAAAGGUUGAGGAGAUAAGUGGAGUCGCCUUCAUCUUCAAUCAGAAAUUCUUUCAAGAUCUCAAACAGGAGACUGGCAUUGAUCUAGAGAAUAUUGUGUACUACAAAGACAACACACACUACUUUGUCAUGACGGCUAAAAAGCAGAGUCUGUUGGACAAGGGUGUCAUCGUUCAUGAUUAUAUCGACACUGAAGCACUGCUGAACAAUGAGAACGUGAACCAAGAGGCUUUGUUGUCAUAUGCUCAAGAGGCUGCCGACUACGCCACCCACUACCAGCUGCCCACACUGGACUAUGCCAUGAACCACUGCGGUCAGUCUGAUGUGGCCAUGUUCGAUUUCACAAGUAUGCAUGCGUCAGAGAAUGCCGCUCUGGUCAGAGAGAGGUUUGGUCAUAAUUUACUGGUGGCAUUAGUGGGAGACAGCCUUUUAGAGCCCUUCUGGCCAAUGGGAACAGGCUGUGCCCGUGGCUUUCUGGCUGCUUUUGACACAGCUUGGAUGGUGAAAAGUUGGGCACAGGGUGGAAGUCCACUCGAGGUACUGGCGGAGAGAGAGAGCCUGUACCGAUUGCUACCUCAGACAACACCUGAAAACAUUGGCAAAAACUUUGAUUUGUACACCAUAGAUCCAGGAACACGCUAUCCAAACCUUAACUCUAACUGUGUGAGGCCACACCAGGUCCGUAACAACUUUAUCUGUGGAGAGAUGAGGUUGUGCUCUCUGGAACGAGCCGCCACGAUACGCCGCCCUGUUAACUUGGCCAGGCGAGAGUCUGAGAUUAGGCCCAGUCGGUUACUGACGUGGUGUCAGAAGCAGACGGAGGGCUACAGAGGUGUGAGUGUGACUGACCUCACUUCCUGUUGGAGCAGUGGUUUGGCUCUCUGCGCUCUCAUUCAUCACUUCAGACCUCAACUCAUUGAUUACAACUCUCUGAAUGAGCAAGACUGUACCACAAACCUGCAGCUGGCAUUUGAUGUGGCAGAGAAAGAGUUUGGCAUCAAGACUUUCAUCACAGGGAAAGAUCUGACGUCAGGUCAGGAGCCAGACAAGACCAGCAUGGUGAACUACCUCUCCAAGUUCUACGAGCUCUUCCGGGGAACGCCUUUACCUCCCUCAGAUUCAAAGCGAGAGGGAGAUGCAAAUAGAGAGAAUUGUCACUCAAAUUCUCCCAGACCUGUUUACAAGUCACUGAGUUCACUUCAGCCUCGUAAACGCAUACCCAAGAAUGACAAAAAGGUUGAAGACAAUGAUGCCAUCUUCAAGAGAAGACGGAAAUUUUGCUACUUAGAAGAGCAGACUACUAAGUCAUCCAAUCAGAGCUCUAUAGCCAGUGAGGUGCGGGAACUGAAGGAAAACAAGGUCAAGUUCAUGGCCACUCAACUACUGGCAAAGUUUGAAGACAGCAGAGCAAGUUGCUCUCUUCGCAGACAGCCUUCCCUGAGAAGAGAAUUUCCUCAGAGUCUGGGGGAUGUGUGUCAUGCGUGUCAGAAGCGGGUGUUUGUAGUGGAGAAGCUCAGUGCGGAGGGACUCCACUUCCACAGAGAAUGUUUCCGCUGUGAGACCUGCCGAGCUCCACUAAGUCUGGGAGGACAUUUCUUCGACUCAGAAGAAGGAAAGUUAUAUUGUAAACUUCACUUUGCUCAACGGAAAUCCAUAGUGAAGAAUGGAAGGCCACCAAAUCUACAUAGGACAUGUGAUAACGGAGUUCACAACAGCCCUAGCUGGACUCCAGAGGAGCGUGAGCACUGUCUCCAGAGCGAGUCUCCAGGUAUCCUGUCCUCUCUGCUGAAGAAAUGCCUGCAAUGGCCACAGCAUGUGAGCCAGACUGUGUGUGCUGUGCCACAGCAUGUGUGUAACUGGCUACAUGGUAAACUGUGGGCCGCUGGGCGCCACCUGAGAGAUAACGCAGAGGAUUACGCCUUCCUGUACGAGCUGCUCAGUGUGAGUCUGCCUCUGCUUGGAGUUCUCCAUGAACUGCUGCUCCAAAUGUACGCAGAUGCCGAACCGUUUGACCUACAGCCUCUUCUGCAUUGGCUGGAAGAGCACCUUGGCCACUGGGUAUUAGUGUAGGCGAAACUUCAGACCAACAUCGCAUGAUGUCCCAUUAAAAGGGUUAACGUGUGGACAGCAGUGCCUUUGGCCUUCAAGCAAAAUGUAUUGCUCUGGCCAGCUGUAUUCGACAGCUUUUGAACAUUUUCAGACCUGACAGAUACAGAUAGCAAUAUCUUGAGGGAGAAAGUAGUGGAAUUCUUUAACGUUUCUGGAACAAAAAGGUGUGAGCUUGAGAUAACGGCACAUUCACUUAUUCAGCGAGAAUGGAAAUCAAACAGCUUUAUUUAUAUAAAUUGUGUAAACACAAUGUACAAAUGACCAAAGCCUUUCUCAGGUUACAAAGGUGUGUGUUUUAUCAUGGUUAAAAAGGGAGUGUAAAAGAACUUUAAGCACUUUAAUGAGCGAGCUGCCUUCAUACAGUAUGCACGAUUACAAGUGACAUUCUGCUUUUAAUUAUUAAUGAACAUUUUGUUGAUACUGCAAGUUUACAAAAACUGACUGAUCAGUCUGCAAACAUGUCUCGUCUACUCUGUUAACCAUUUGUGAACAUGGAAGCCACAUUCUCCGUAAAUGUUUCUAUGAAAAUCACACAGCUUUAAAAGACUGUUCGUGAACUUACAAGAUGGCUGAGUCUGGAAGCUGUAAAAUACUGCCAUCAGAGGCUGCAUAUGGAGAUAGAAAGGCAUCACGGCACAUUUGAAUCCAAUGCUUGCAUCACAUCCUGUCUACUCAGAUGCCUUCAUCUGGUCAGCUUUUAAUGCUACUGUAGGGUUAUGUUUUGUCUCUGAUAUCACUAAAUCCUGUAUGUGCAAUUUGCUGAUUGGUUGAAAGGAUAAACAUGGUGUCUGAAGCGGUUUAGAGCAGUAAUUAGUUUAGAAAUGUCUCAUUUUUCUUUUUUUCAACUUCUACCGAGCAGUAAUGCUGCCUGUGAAGUCAAUAACUGACUGGGCAGUCAGGUAGUUCGGCAGCUAUCUUAAAAGAAUAUUCAGGGUUAAAUACAAGUUAAGAUCAAUCAACAGCAUUUGUGGCAUAUUGUUGAUUACCACUAAAAUGAUUUUUUUUCUUAACCCUCCUUUUCUUAAAAAAACAAACAAAUUCUGGGUUGUAAUGAGGCACUUACAAUGGAAGUGAAUAGGGCCAAUCUGUAAACGGUAAAAUACUCACUGUUAUAAAAGUAUAGCCACAAGCAGGGCUGGACUGGUAAUCUGGCAUACCGGGCAUUUUCCUGGUGGGUCAGGACAUUGGCACAUUGGGGCCGAUCAGGGGAGGACUGGCGAGAGUCAUCGGGAGAACCAAGGGGUCUGGUGGGUCGAGGUGCGAAACAGCCGUAUGAGCUGCGAUAAGCUAAAAUGAGCCGCCGCAUUUUGCACAACGGACCACAAAACGGUGCCGCAAUUUGCUGAAAGGACCGCUCAACAACUAUUGGUCAACAACUAUUGGCUAACCCCCCCCAAACAACUUUGUAAAAUCCUGGUCCAGUCCAGCCCUGGCCACAAGACAAUGUGUUAUAGACAAUUUUACAACUGUGUUGCUAUGACUAUAUCAAGUAAUACCAAUUUUUUUAACAGAAGAAUUAAUAUAAGUGCUUUUGUAAAAUUAUAAGCUUCACAUUUCUGCUUUUACACCCUCCAAAAAUGGGACCUAUUCACUUCCAUUGUAAGUGCCACAAUGUAACCUAGUUUUUUGCUUUUUUUUAAAGAUAAGGCGGGUUGAGUCCAACCAAUUUUUUUGUGGUAAUAAACAUUAUACCAUAAAUUCUGUAGAUUUCAUUUUACUUGUAUUGAACCCGGAACGUUCCUUUAAAGGCCAAAUUCACAUUUUUCGCAUGCAGCUAUGUAUCGAGCACAUUGCGUAUUAUGCAAAUUCUGUCACCAGGACAUUGUGCGCAGACUGUCUGUGUGCACCCCAGUUUGUCUAGACACACAGACAUUUGCAUCAUGCGCACUGAACGUGGGACAUAGUGGCAUGCGGAAAACCCAAGUAUACUUAGGUCUUUAGCUUGUCAGGCAGCCUAUGUCCUAGUCAAACAUCAUGUGACAAGUUUCAACAGAAUCAAAGAACAAAUCAGAACAUGUUUUUUUAUCAUAUACUGAUAUGUUAAGCAGGAAUUUGGACCAAUGAGAUUUCGCCACAGUGGGUGGUGCUACCCAGCGCAAUGGUGGCAAAAUCAAAACCAAGUGACCGACAAAAUGUCUUGCCAUUGUUGCUUGUUGCGGCUGGUUGAGACAAAAAUCAAAGAGAUUGUUUUAUUACUUGUCAUUUAUCAUGUCGUACCUGGGUAGUGCACAGUGACAUCUGUAUGGUGUAUAAUGUAACGAAAAUUUUACAUACUUUCUUUUGGCAGGCUAGCGCCUUGCAUGGCAGCUCUGCCGUCAUUGGUGUAUGAGUGUGAGUGUGUGUGUGAAUGGGAAUGAGUGUAAAGCGCUGUGGUAACCACUAAGGUUAAAAAAGGCGCUAUAUAAGUGCAUUUACCAUUUACUUUCUACAUAGUUACAUAGUACAUUUUGGGACCCAUUGAAGUUCUAAAUGGUAAAUGGACCUUAACCUUAUUGGUUUUCAAAGUGCUUUACACUGUGACUCAUUCACCCAUUCACACACACACUCUCACACCAAUGAAGGCAGAGCUGCCAUGCAAGGUGCUAGCCUGCCAUUGGGAGCAACUUGGGGUUCAGUGUCUUGCCCAAGGACACUUCGGCAUGUGGAGUCAUGUGGGCCAGGAAUCGAACCGCCAACCCUGUGAUUAGUGGCCGACCCGCUUUACCACCUGAGCCACAGCCGCCCUGUGUGCCUAAAUGCAUACAGAUUGGAGCCAUUUAUUGAACAAUACUCCUCACUAUUCCUUUUUUUUUAAAUGUCAAAUUUACACUGUGAUAACCCAGCCAUACUCAAACUUUUGUUUACAUAAAAGAGUUUUUUUUGCACUUAUUAUGAAUAGUGCAGAACACAGAACCACUUUUUUGCAGUCUUGCAUUUGCGUUCCCUUUUAUUUGAUUCACUGGACCAUAAACGUGUUUUCUUUUGAUGCAAUUUACAUUUACAUUUACAUUUAUGCAUUUGGCAGAUGCUUUUAUCCAAAGCGACUUACAGUGCGCUUAUUACAGGGACAAUCCCCCCGGAGCAACCUGGAGUUAAGUGCCUUGCUUAAGGACACAAUGGUGGUGGCUGUGGGGAUCGAUCCAGCGACCUUCUGAUUACCAGUUAUGUGCUUUAGCCCACUACGCCACCACCACCAAUUUACUACCUAUAAUGUGCUGCCUGAGGGCCGGGUAAUACUGUACUUCUGCAUUUUAAAGUUCCUUAGUGCACUUAAAAUGCCCUGGUUAUUAGUAAUACACAGUGCUAGACACAUCUGGAUUGGUUUAGUCAAAAUUUGUCCUUUUAAUGACACUGGAACACAUCCUGCUCCAAACUACUGAGUCUAUUCAGUGGCAUGAAUGGUGAUUUCAGGUUAAUCAUUAAAUGGCAUGCAUGAAAAUAAAUGCACAGCAUGUCAGCAUGCAUUUUCCUGCAUUAGUAGCGCCUGUUUCAGAACACUUAGUUUACAGGCUUCAUUAUGAUGCUUUUUAUUCACUUUUUUGCUUAAUAAAUUUAUAAUGUCUCCACCUGACUUUUUCUGAGCCAUGCUGAUUGUAAGGUGAUCAUCUGCAUGCUUGCACUUGUUGUACCCUUUGGCAAAGAACAGCAUGGCACUAACCAGCAUAAACCAGCCUGGCCUUAACUGGUCUUUUCUGCAGGAUAGCCUCUUUCAACUUCUGAGGCCUUGCACUUAAAUUCUAUAUCAGAAUGCAACGUGUGGACUUCCACUCAAGUGUUUCACAGCUGUGGAAAUGCACGGUGCAUGACAUUAACUGCCUGAUGCUUUUAUCUGCAUGUCACGACUGACAUGUUUCUCUUUUCUAUCUUUGAGCACUGCUAAUCAUUUGCUCAUGCAAUUUCUUCCCUUUCUUCCUUACUGUUUCAGUGGUGGCUUACAUUUCAGAAUCCGACACGAAGGCGCCUCUGUGCCUCUAUGAAUACAGGGGUCAUUAGUACCGUAGAUGACCUUCAAUUACCGUAGCACCUUUUAAUUAGACAUGUCGUAGAACUGUUUGAAGAGACUUUUGCCGUAUAUUUUCAAUCUGAAAAGUUUGUUUUUGCCUAAUUUAUGUUAAGCCAUACUCAUACAAUAAAAGAAUGUAAACAGAAUGUAAAAAGAAUGUAAAGAAUGUAUUCUUGUCAUUAUUACAAAUGUACACACCUGGAUAAUCAACAUCCAAUACAUCCAUGAAUGCAAUGAUUGACCGUUCAGAAUCAAGCAAACAAUUCUCCCACAUUGAACUCCUCUAUUUAGGUUUACUUAUACAUGUUAUUGUAUAAAACACAUGUUAAUUUUGAAUACAUUCUAAAUCUAGUUUUAUUUUUUCAUAUUAAGAAUUUCUUAAUUGAGUCAUAAAAUUUAAAGGAAUACUUCUCUCCUCAUUUACUCACCCUCAUGCCAUCCCAGAUAUGUAUAGCUUUCUGUCAGAACACAAAUAUUUUUGAAGAAUAUCUCAUCUCUGUAGGUCCAUAUAAUGUAACUCAAUAGUGAACAAAACAUUGAAGCUCAAAAAUGCACAUAAAGCAGCAUAAAUGUAAUGGACUUAUGGGGUUUUCCACUGUGGAUAGUACCUGGUACCUUUUUUUAGUAUCACCUCGGUCGAGAUUCCAAGUGAGCCGAGCCGAUACUAAAUGUGACGUCAAAAUCCUGCAGAUCACUGAUUGGUCAGGGAGAAUCGUCACUACCAGUGUCACUGGAUUUCCGACACGCAACAUCAACCCGCUAGUUUUAAAGUUAUAAAAAGCGAUAACAGUAUCAUUUGUUCACGUGACUUUUGAAUUGUGAAAAUAGAAAUGGCUGUGCGCAAAACCACGCCGUGGUCAAUAAACGAUGUGUAGACGGUCCACUCGUUAGCGAUGAGUGAAACGAAAAAGUCUCUCAGGAAGUGUCUCAGCUGUUGGCCGCACACGGCUACCAUCAGACCCACCAACAGUGUAGUGACUACAGAACCAUCAAGGAAAAGUGGAAGUGGUUCGACCAAAUGGACGCUAUCUAAACCGGCUUGCAAUGGGAGGGAGAGUGUCCUGGACUGAGUGCGUUGAUCCACAAUGGAGGAUGGUAUGUUUUGUUACGUUAACUGUAUACUCUACUUGAAAGCCUCACUUUAUUUCGUUGACCAGCUACUGGAACAAACAGGCCAAUUUAACUGUUACUCUUGUGUAAAAUCACCAUGCAACAACUGCUUAAUGCAGCACAAUGAGCUAGUAGCUAACAGCUAGCGGUUGUGUUAUCGUUUUGGUCAGUUUGUGUCAUGUUUAAGAUGAUGUCACGGCAGUAGAGGCAGAGCAACUAUGAAGAUCAGCCUAUAAUCCCACCCAUGCUGAGGGGCACUAAACUGCAGUGGAAAUGCAAGUUCAGAAACGUGAAGCAAGUAGAGUUGAGGCGAGUCGAACCGUAACGUGCAGUGGAAAAGAGAUAUUCUUCUAAAAAUCUUCAUUUGUGUUCUGCAGAAAAAAAGAAAGUCAUGCACAUCUGAGAUGGCAUGAGGGUGAGUAAAUGAUGAGAGAAUUUUAGAUUUUGAGUGAAAUAUCCCUUUAAGUAUUUUACAUAAAAGGCUUUAAAAAGGUAUAUACUGCCUUUAAAAUGCA